GGGCCAUCCGGAAACGAGCUGCUGUCAGUGACGUCACGAGCAAAGAGGGGGCGAGACUCCUCUCUUGGCGGCGGAGCUCCAGCGUGCCGUCAUGGACAGGACCGCCGUCGUCAAAGUGGGCGCCGCGGCCAGUGCGAGCGUGUGUGCCCUGUUCGGUGGCGUAGUUCUGGCCCAGUACAUCGUCGCCAAGAAGAAGAGGGCGGGCAAGAAAACGAGAAUCAUAGAAAUGAUGCCCCAGUUUGAGAAGAAGACGGUGCACAUGAGAGACCCGGAGAGGGUGGAGCAGAUCAUCUGUGGCCUCAUCAAGGGAGGAGCCUCCAAACUUCAGAUCAUCACCGACUUCGACAUGACCUUGAGCAAGUUUGCCGUCAACGGCAAGCGCUGUCCGUCGUGCCACAACAUCAUCGACAACUGCAGUCUGGUGACAGAAGACUGCCGACAGAAGCUGCUGCAGCUGAAGAACAAAUAUUACCCCAUCGAGAUCGAUCCUCAGCUCACCAUGGAGGAGAAAUACCCCUUCAUGGUGGAAUGGUAUUUCAAGUCUCACACACUUCUGGUGGAGCAAAGGCUGGAGAAGGGCAAACUCUCUCAGGUGGUGCGAGAUUCCGACGCCGCACUCAGGGACGGUUACGAGCAGUUCUUCGACCGCCUGCACAAGCACGACGUCCCCGUCUUCAUCUUCUCCGCCGGCCUGGGCGACGUCCUGGAGGAGAUCAUCCGCCAGGCGGGGGUCUACCACCCCAACGUCAAGGUGGUGUCCAACUUCAUGGACUUUGACGACAACGGCGUCCUGCGGGGCUUCAAAGGCGAGCUCAUCCACGUGUACAACAAACACGACGGCGCCCUGAGGAACACCGAGUACUUCAAGCAGCAGAGGGACAACUGCAACGUCAUCCUGAUGGGCGACUCGCUGGGCGACCUGACCAUGGCGGACGGCGUGCCCAACGUGGAGAACAUCCUCAAGGUCGGCUUCCUCAACGACAAGGUGGAGGAGCGUCUGGACAAAUAUUUGGACUCUUAUGACAUCGUCCUGGUGAAGGACGAGACCCUGGAAGUGCCCAACGCUAUCCUCCAGAAGGUUCUAUAACUUCCCCUCCAGCCAGUGACCAGUGACCCAAACACUGUCCACUACUUCCUGCCCCCCCUUCCCCCAUCACAGCCUUUGUAAAUGUUCUUUGACAAACCUUCUUCCUGCCCUGCUUGUUGCUUCUGCACCUCCACGCCAUCUCCGUCACCUCGCCGCACACGCCAUGGAUCCUUGUCCUCGGUCUACCCGGGGAGUCGGGCCAGAGAACAGCAGAAGGGCGGUACAGAAGGACCACAUUUUAGGACGCAAUCCUAAAUAUGAAUGAAAAUGUGUUGCAAGCAUCAUUCUUAAGUCUACGUGAGAAUAUCAGAGUUAGCAUCAGUGGAUGUGAAUAUCAGAGUUAGCAUCAGUUGAUGUGCGCUCGGCUUUUAGGAGAGAGGAAAAAAAGAAGCCAUGUUUACUCGCAGUUAAAACUCAUUCAAGCACUUUAUUCUACUGCUCCAACAUUCACCGCAUGACUCAUACAUGUGAGUAUGAUUCAUACAUGUGAGUAUCACUCAUACAUGUGUACUAGUAUGACUCAUACAUGUGAGUAUGACUCAUACAUGUGGGUAUGAUUCAUACAUGUGAGUAUGACUCAUACAUGUGAGUAUGAUUCAUACAUGUGAGUAUGAUUCAUACAUGUGAGUAUCACUCAUACAUGUGUACUAGUAUGACUCAUACAUGUGAGUAUGACUCAUACAUGUGGGUAUGAUUCAUACAUGUGAGUAUGACUCAUACAUGUGAGUAUGACUCAUACAUGUGGGUAUGAUUCAUACAUGUGAGUAUCACUCAUACAUGUGUACUAGUAUGACUCAUACAUGUGAGUAUGACUCAUACAUGUGGGUAUGAUUCAUACAUGUGAGUAUCACUCAUACAUGUGUACUAGUAUGACUCAUACAUGUGAUUAUGACUCAUACAUGUGAGUAUGACUCAUACAUGUGGGUAUGAUUCAUACAUGUGAGUAUGAUUCCUACAUGUGAGUAUCACUCAUACAUGUGUACUAGUAUGACUCAUACAUGUGAGUAUGACUCAUACAUGUGGGUAUGAUUCAUACAUGUGAGAAUGAUUCAUACAUGUGAGUAUGAUUCAUACAUGUGAGUAUGAUUCAUACAUGUGAGUAUGACUCAUACAUGUGAGAAUGAUUCAUACAUGUGAGUAUGACUCAUACAUGUGAGUAUGACUCAUACAUGUGAGUAUCACUCAUACAUGUGUACGAAUGACUCAUACAUGUGAGUAUGAUUCAUACAUGUGAGUAUGAUUCAUACAUGUGAGUAUCACUCAUACAUGUGAGUGAUUCAUACAUGUGAGUAUGAUUCAUACAUGUGAGUAUGACUCAUACAUGUGAGUAUAACUCAUACAUGUGAGUAUCACUCAUACAUGUGAGUAUGACUCAUACAUGUGAGUAUGACUCAUACAUGUGAGUAUCACUUACAUGUGAGUAUCACUCAUACAUGUGUACGAAUGACUCAUACAUGUGAGUAUGAUUCAUACAUGUGAGUAUGAUUCAUACAUGUGAGUAUCACUCAUACAUGUGAGUAUGACUCAUACAUGUGUACGAGUAUGACUCAUACAUGUGAGUAUCACUCAUACAUGUGUACUAGUAUGACUCAUACAUGUGAGUAUGACUCAUACAUGUGGGUAUGACUCAUACAUGUGAGUAUCACUCAUACAUGUGAGUAUCACUCAUACGUGUGUACGAAUGACUCAUACAUGUGAGUAUGAUUCAUACAUGUGUAUGACUCAUACAUGUGAGUAUGACUCAUACAUGUGAGUAUGACUCAUACAUGUGAGUAUCACUCAUGCAUGUGUACGAGUAUGACUUAUACAUGUGUACGAGUAUGACUCAUACGUGUGUACGAGUAUGACUCAUACAUGUGAGUAUCACUCAUACAUGUGAGUAUGACUCAUACAUGUGAGUAUCACUCAUACAUGUGAGUAUGACUCAUACAUGUGUACGAGUAUCACUCAUACAUGUAUGAUUCAUACAUGUGAGUAUCACUCAUACAUGUGAGUAUCACUCAUACAUGUGAGUAUGAUUCAUACAUGUGAGUAUCACUCAUACAUGUGAGUAUGAUUCAUACAUGUGAGUAUCACUCAUACAUGUGUACUAGUAUGACUCAUACAUGUGAGUAUCACUCAUACAAGUGUACGAAUGACUCAUACAAGUGUACGAAUGACUCAUACAUGUGAGUAUGACUCAUACAUGUGAGUAUGACUCAUACAUGUGAGUAUCACUCAUACAUGUGAGUAUGACUCAUACAUGUGAGUAUGACUCAUACAUGUGUACGAAUGACUCAUACAUGUGAGUAUGACUCAUACAUGUGAGUAUGACUCAUACGUGUGUACGAGUAUGACUUAUACAUGUGUACGAGUAUGACUCAUACGUGUGUACGAGUAUGACUCAUACAUGUGAGUAUGACUCGUACAUAUGAGUAUGACUCGAACAUGUGCAAGAGUAUGACUCAUACAUGUGAGUAUGACUAAUACAUGUAUGACUCAUACAUGCGUGUGAGUAUCACUCAUACAUGUGUACGAGUAUGACUCAUACAUGUGAGUAUGACUCAUACAUGUGUGCGAGUAUGACUCAUACAUGCGAGUAUGACUCAUGCAUGUGAGGAUCACUCAUACAUGUGUACGAGUGACUCAUACAUGUGUACGAGUAUGACUCAUACAUGUGAGUAUGACUCAUACAUGUGAGUAUGACUCAUACAUGUGAGUAUGACUCAUACAUAUGAGUAUGACUCAUACAUGUGUACAAGUAUGACUCAUAGUUAUGAGUAUGACUCAUACAUGUGUAUGAGUAUGACUCAUAGUUAUGAGUAUGACUCAUACAUGUGUAUGAGUAUGACUCAUACAUAUGAGUAUGAAUCAUCCAUAUGAGUAUGACUCAUAGUUAUGAGUAUGACUUAUACAUAUGAGCAUGACUCAUACUUGUGUACGAGUAUGACUCAUACAUGUGAGUAUCACUCAUACAUGUAUCACUCAUACAUGUGAGUAUGACUCAUACAUGUGAGUGACUCAUACAUAUGAGUAUGACUCAUACAUAUGAGACAUGAGUAUGACUCAUACAUGUGUACGAGUGUGACUCAUACAUAUGAGUAUAGCUCAUACAUGUGUAAGAGUAUGACUCAUACAUAUAAGUAUGAAUCAUGCAUACGAGUAUGACUCAUACAUGUGUAUGUCUCAUACAUAUGAGUAUGAAUCAUGCAUAUGAGUAUGACUCAUACAUGGGUACCAGUCAUACACAUGUAUGUGUCAUACAUGUGUAUGGCUCAAACUCAAACAUAUGAGUAUGACUCAUACAAAUGAGUAUGACUCAUACAUGUGUACGAGUAUGAGUCAUACAUGUGUAUGACUCAUACUCCUACAUGUGUAUGGCUGAAACUCAAACAUGAGUAUGACUCAUACACGUGUAUGAGUAUUAUGAGUAUGAGUAAAACUCAUACACAUGUAUGACUCAUAUGAGUAAUACAUGUGUAUGAGUCAUACGCGUGUAAGAGUUAGAGCAGAAAUCAAUGGUAAAACUAAAAAAGCUUCAACCAAAGUAGUUAGAAGUGUGUUCCACCAUCAUGUUUGACAUGUGCUGCUAUUUAUCCAUCGCCUGCAUGUUGCCUUUUUCAACUUGAUGUGCAAAGACAGGAGAGGAGGAGUCAAAUAAAUAUCAGUGAAACGGGGAAUCAUGUCACACAUACUGGAUCUUCUGUGGACCUCCAUUUCCAAAAGUACUUUCAUGUGUUGUAUUUUUAUAUAACAGAUUCUUUUUUGUCUGUGAUGGUGUGAAUUGAAGAUGAAAUAAAAACAUUUUGUGAGGCCGCAAAUUA